AUGAAGAACCACAAACUCACGGUCGAGAAGAUCGCGGCCAGCGUGCAAGGCUACUUCAAGCAACGCGCUCCGUUCCGAAUCAAUCAUGGCUCAACAAACAGCACCCGCCAGGCGUUCCAACGCCAGAACACGGUCGACAUCAACGCUCUCUCCCGGGUCCUAAAGGUUGACUCCAAAACACGAACUGCCCUGAUCGAACCAAACGUGCCAAUGGACCGCCUCGUCGAAGCUACAAUGAAACAUGGUCUAAUCCCUCCAGUAGUCAUGGAAUUCCCCGGGAUUACUGCUGGAGGUGGCUUUGCAGGAACCGGGGGCGAGAGCAGCUCUUUCAAGUAUGGAUAUUUCAACGAAACCGUUAAUUCGGUGGAGGUCGUACUUGGGAAUGGAGAAGUUGUGACUGCUUCGGAAAAGGAGAACGCCGACCUCUUCCAUGGAGCCUCGGGUGCAGUGGGAAGCCUGGGCAUAUCAACUCUGCUUGAGCUACAGCUCAUUCAGGCAAAGAAAUACGUCAAGGCAACUUACCACACAGUGAAAUCCGUCCCCGAAGCUGUGAAGAAGGUGAGGGAGGAAACGGAGAAUGCAGAACUUGAUUAUGUGGAUGGCAUUCUCUUCUCUAUGGACCACGGCGCGAUUGUCACCGGCACGAUGACAGACGAACUCCCAGCUAAUGCUCACGUACAAACUUUCAGCGACGCGAAGGAUCCUUGGUUUUACUUGCACGUGCAAGACAAAACGAAGGGCGUCACAGAAUACACAGAAUAUAUCCCAUUGGCCGAGUAUCUGUUCCGAUAUGAUCGCGGGGGCUUUUGGGUUGCCGCGUCUGCAUUUAAGUAUUUCCGAUUCCCGUUCAACUGGCUCUCUCGCUGGUGGCUUGACGACUUCCUGCACACGAGGAUGCUGUACAAAGCUCUUCACGCUAGCGGACAAUCCAGGAACUAUGUCAUCCAAGAUCUUGCCCUUCCAUAUUCUACAGCGGAACAAUUCAUAAACUAUACAGCUGACUCGUUCAAAAUCUGGCCCUUGUGGCUAUGCCCGUUAAAGCAAACUCGCCUUCCAACGCUCCACCCCCAUAACCCCGAGAUGGAAGCCGAUGGCAAAACAUUAAAACCAAUGCUUAAUGUUGGCCUCUGGGGAUUUGGCCCUGCACAGCGGGACGAAUUUGUCGCCAAGAACCACGAGCUGGAGCACAAGCUUUGUGACUUUGGAGGCAUGAAGUGGCACUAUGCCCACACGUACUACGAGGAGAACGAGUUCUGGAAGAUGUUCGAUCGCAAGUGGUAUGACGGCCUACGGAAGAAAUACCAUGGCGAGUCGCUACCCAGUGUCUGGCACAAGGUUAAGGUUGAUCCCGACGACGCGAAGAAGGCAGAUAAUAGCUCUUGGGGCACAUGGGCGCUCCAGUUCUGGCCUCUUGGUGGGAUUUGGGGACUCCGCAAAUCCAUCGAAAGUCGCGAAUAUCUCAUUGCAAGGAACUCGACCUGGAAAUCAAAGAAGGGUUCAGGGGAGGGUAGAUGA